GUUCGCAUAGGACGUGUAUAUUAGACAUUGUUGUUGAAAUCAAAACAAUCUAAUUAGAUCAUAUCUAAAUAUCAGUUUGAUAUAAUGGUUGAUAAUGACCCAACAGAUAAUGACUUAAGGAUUGAUCCCAAUGUCAUUGCUUCGCUCUGUUACGAUUCAUAUAAUAGAUUAGGCAAAUCGGGUAAACCGAAUCCCCGAAAAAAUGAAUAUACGGUUAUUGCUGGAUUGGUUGAAUAUCGAGAAAAAACAUCGCCAAAGGUUGUUUGUUUGACGACUGGAACAAAAUGUUUUCCAAAUAAUGUUCCCUAUCGUCAUGAAGAUAUUGUUGAUUGCCAUGCUGAACCAUUAUUAAAAAGAGCUUUCAAAUGCUAUCUCAUCGAAAUGAUCAACGAUUGGUUUGAUACUAAUAAAAAUCUAGAUCAAUUCUACGAUAAAGUAUUAAGUGGACGUCAUUAUUGCCUUUUUGUUAGCCAAUUUCCUUGUGGUUCGUUUAGCCGCUGGAAAGGUGAUUAUCAAAAUAAUUCAAAAAACAAAAGGAUUCGUGUCAAUCGUAAACCAGGACGUGGAGAAUUUUGUCCGAAAGCUGCCUGUGUGCAUAAAAUUGCUAAAUGGCGAAUUUUCGGUUUACAAGGAUCUCGACUUUUUGACAUUAUUGGAAAACCGAUAAUUUUCAAUCAUAUUGUGAUUGGUAAUUGCGAAACUGAUAAUUUGGAAACGCUGGAUGGAUUCGAUUUAGUCAAAGAUUAUUUAACAACAGAUCAAAAAGAAUACAGCAAAGUUGCGAAUAAUUUAAUAGGUGAAUUUCAAUUUUCUCAACCUUAUCAUUUACAUUUUGCUCAACAAUUCAGACAUCAAGAAUUUGUUAAAAACAAUACGCCAUGUGGAAGCUCCAUCGUAGCCUGGAUGAACUGUGAUAAAAAUUUAAAAACUGAAAUAUUAGCUAACGGCCGGCGAUUAGGAGCAACAAAAAGAAAAACAUUCCCCAAUACUUUGGGUACAUCAAUAGUGAGUGAUUUUUAUUUAAGGCAAAAUAUUGAACAAUUAAUUGUCAAAUUAAAUGUAAAAAACAUGUAUUCAGAAAAAUAUCAAAAAGAUUGGAAUACAGUACAAAAUUUUUUUUCAAUUUUUAAAGAUUGGCCAAUAAUUGAUGUUUGA